ACCACACGAAAUUAGGGCCUGAACGGCUUUUUGGCCUACAACCCGUUGCCACAACAGGGCGCCUAGCAGCGGAUGAAAAGUUAUUGAACAAAUUCGUGGCUCCCACCCAUCCUCUUGUAUAUCUCAGCAGGCAGUUUUCAGACUCAAUUUUAAAUUAGCUUAACUACAAACUGUUAUUCUCUCCCUUUUGAUAAAUAUAUUUUGUGUGGCACAAUGAGUGUGGAGGAGCGUGCCGCGGGGUAUGUGUGCAAUGUGCAACUCCAUGUGGAGCCCAGUGAGCGGCCCAAGUUGCCGCCCGGUUGCCCUCCUCCUUUGGACACCGGGAGUACAGAAUCUGAGCCGCAGCACUCGGAGGAAUGCUGUGUGGAGCUGGAGAACGUGACCGUCAAGUUCCGGCUCUCGGAAACCGACAUCCUGGCCCAGGUAUAUCCCAACUGCAUGACCCUGGGCGAAGUGAAGCAGGACAUUGCUCGCAAAUUCGAAGUGGAACCGGAAUCGUUGGUCCUUCGGCAGGAUAGCCGCGUGCUCUGCGAUUCUGUGCCUAUCAACUCCACCACCCUGGAUGAGUACGGCAUCCACGAGUUCCAGUUGGAGCUGUGUACAGUGGGCAGUCAGUCCUCCAAGUUGGACCUAGAUGUCUACUACGACAAACACCGUCUGGCUGAUUUCAUCACUGUCCAUAUUUCCGGUGAGGAUACCCAGGAUGGUCAAUCCAAAAACGUGGUGGUGGAGAUCGAAAAUGCGGCUAUCGUCAAACCUUUCUUGUGCGGCUAUCGGGAUAAGGUCACUGGCAAGGAGUACCUGGAUGCCUUUACCCAGACUGGUCCCUACUUUGACAAGAUGAAGUACAGGAAGUACAAGACCAGGGACACGCAGACUUGGGAGCAAAAGGAGAAGACCCUGAACACAGCCCACGAGCAGUCGGUGCAAUGCCAUCUGGAUGGCAUAAAUAUCCUGUAUGUGUCGGCAGUCAAUGAAUUCACCAUAAUUCCUGGCAAGUACCAGACUUUUGCCCAGAAGGAGCGAGCUGAACGUAAGCUCGAGAAGAUUCUGCUCAUUCAGCGAAAUUGGAGGCGCUGGAUUUUGUGGAAAUAUAUCCGCAUUAGGGCUAAGGAAUAUCGUCGCCUGGUUCAAAAUCGAGAGCAGGAGGAUGAGCGGUAUGAGAAGUGCGUGGAGCAGCGUGUGGAGCGUCAUCGAGUAGUUAAGCAGUUUCCCCGGAACAAAGACGACUUCGAUCUGCUGUUCGCGGAGGUGGGUCGAUGGAAAAAGGCGGAACUGAAGCGAAUCACAGCCAACUAUGAGGGCCCUGCACGCAUCGCUGAAGUAAACAUCCUGUUGGACAAAGAGAUCCAGCUGCUUAAUGGCGUGGAGCGACAGCGCAAUCUUGUUUACAAAGCCAUGGAGGACUUUCGCAACGAUCAGCUGCUAAAGGAGAUGGGCAAGCCGAUCGAGUGGAUCGGGUACAAGGACUCCAAGAUCCACAUGGAUUUAUUAAGCACGCAGCGAGUGCGCUUUCUCACCGAGAUCUACAAGGAUCUGCGAAAGCCACGAAACAAGGAGGAGCGCUUAGAGUUCAUCCGUCAAGUCAUGACAGUGCUAACCGAGGAGACUUGCUAUCCAAACUUUCCCGAGCUCUUCGAUCUCUUUGAACGCGAAAAGAAUCUUAUGCUCUACGCCAAAUCCUUUGAUGUGGAAAUUUUGCGCAAACGCCAGACCAAGCUCUUUUUCGAUCUGAUAAAGUUCCAAAAAGGCACGCCCAAAGAGAGAACUCCAUCGCGCAUGUGCAUUGUUUGCAAGAAGGUUAAGACCUAUGCUGAGUUUGCCAUUAGGACACGGCAAAGCCAUGUGGAUACCUGCAAGCACUGCUACUAUCUUAAGCUGACGGCUACAGAAAACACGGUUUACCAGUCAAUUUUGAGGUGCAUCCAUCGAGAUGAGCGCAAACGAAAGUGUACCACAUCGUUUGCCUUUGUGAUGCAGCCAGAUGAUGUGCGUCACAUCAUAGACAAGAUAUGGCACGGGCACUCGGCUCUCAGCAAGACCGAGAAUCUCAGUGAAUUAAGAUUGCCACGUUGGAACAAGAGCGAUGAUUGGGCACCUUGGAAUUGUAUUUGCCUGACGGAGCGGGAGACGCGGGAUCACUACAAGAUCGAUGACAUCGACAAGAUGUACGACCCAAAGUUUAUUCUGCACAUUGGCAAUCUUCACAUGCUGGCUCGAAGCCUAUUCCACACCUUGGCUGCCGUGGCCAUCGAAUUCCAGGAGACGGGUCAGUGGUGGAAGGUGGGCAUGAACAAGCAGCGCUCAAGCAAACUGAAUGCCGUUUGAAAUGUAUGACUUAAAAGAUUGCUUCUAAGCCUCUAAUCUCUUGAUAACAUGACAAACUUUUUCGCUGGGGUUUAGCUUGUAAUUCAGCGCCUAAUUUAACAUUUACAAAAUUUAAACAAUUCAAAUAUUGAUCAAUCAUUACAAGGAAAAUUAAAUAAACUACAGCUGCAAUUAUUUGCUACUUGCAA